AAAUUAAAUUGACUCAGCCGGGCGACUGGCUUUUGCCCCGCGGCCAGGUCUUGUCCCUCCCCCCACUACCAAAACCUUCCGAACACCUGCCCCGCGGCAUCAUAUAUUGAAGCCAUCGCCAGCCUUUCUCCCAGACUCUCCCCUUCCAGUCUCUCAAACAACUCAAUUCGACUUUUCGACACCCUCCAAAGUCUCUUCUUCCCAUCUCCAGAUACCCCUCCAUCUCCAACCACCACAAUGACCAACGACGCCUCUACCAACGGCUCUGCUGCCCCCGCAGCCCCCUCCAGCUUCGCCCUCAAGGCCGGCCUCGCCCAGAUGCUCAAGGGCGGCGUCAUCAUGGACGUCACCAACGCCGAGCAGGCCCGCAUCGCCGAGGAAGCGGGUGCCUGCGCCGUCAUGGCCCUCGAGCGAGUCCCCGCCGACAUUCGCAAGGACGGCGGCGUCGCCCGCAUGUCUGACCCGGCCAUGAUCAAGGAGAUCCAGGAGGCCGUCACCAUCCCCGUCAUGGCAAAGGCCCGUAUCGGCCACUUCGUCGAGUGCCAGAUCCUCGAGUCUCUGGGCGUCGACUACAUUGACGAGUCCGAGGUCCUGACGCCCGCCGACGACGAGAGCCACGUCGAGAAGAGCCCCUUCAGCGUGCCCUUUGUCUGUGGUUGCCGAAACCUCGGCGAGGCCCUGCGCCGCAUCGCCGAGGGUGCUGCCAUGAUCCGAACCAAGGGCGAGGCCGGCACUGGCGACGUCGUCGAGGCUGUCCGCCACAUGAAGACUGUCAACCGCGACAUUGCCCAGGCCAAGGCUGCUCUUGCCGAGGGUGGCAUCGUCCGUCUCCGUGAGCUCGCCCGCAAGCUCGAGGUUGACGUUGAGCUGCUGCGCCAGACUGCCGAGCUGGGCCGCCUGCCUGUCGUCAACUUUGCUGCUGGUGGUGUUGCCACUCCUGCCGAUGCUGCCCUCAUGAUGCAGCUCGGCUGCGACGGUGUCUUCGUCGGCAGUGGCAUCUUCAAGUCUGGCGACCCUGCCAAGCGUGCCAAGGCCAUCGUUCGCGCCGUCACUCACUUCCGCGAUGCCAAGGUGCUCGCUGAGUGCAGCACCGGUCUUGGUGAGGCCAUGGUCGGCAUCAACUGUGACUCCAUGAAGCCUGAGGAGAAGCUUGCCGGCCGUGGCUGGUAAGCACAUUGUACGAUUUGCAGAGGAACAUGAUAUGAUAAGCGGAAGAAGAAAAAACGGUAUAUACCAAAGAAAAGAAAAGAGGAGGAUUGAUCAAAGGGCUUGAAUGAAAAUGUAUUUUACUGCCAUAUUGGCUUCUGGCGUUGUGGAUAUCUUAUCGCAUUGGGAGGCACAUAGCAUGCUGAACAUCAAAAACUUGUGCAACUUGUUGAGAAUAGCACGAAAUCUACAUUUACCAUUUAUUUAUUUAUUUAUUUCUAUCUACAUUCUUUUGUGAUUUCAUCCUUCUGUUUCUUGAAC